CAGCAGCACGCUGGGCAAAGAGGCGGGGAGAGACAGAGAGAGGAGCAGACGAAGAGUGGGCACCAUGAGCUUUGUAAUCCGCCCGUGCGCCCCCAGGGAUCUGAAGGACAUCAUGCGCCUUAUCAAGGAGAUAGCCGUCAUUUACAGCGUCCCUGUGGAAAGCCUCAGCACCAAUGUCCAAGAACUGGAAAAGGCCGGAUUUGGACCUCGUCCUAAAUUUGAGUGCUUUGUGGCUGAAGUUCCUCCGGAGCGAAAGAGCAAGGAAGGCCACACUCUGGUUGGAUACAUCCUGUCCAGCUACACCUACAGCAGCUGGAAAGGGACAAACCUCUACAUAGACAAUUUCUACGUCAUGCCGGAAUUUAGAGGGAUGCGGAUUGGGAAUUCCCUGCUGAAGGAAGCAGCCAAGGCUGCUUGGCAACAAGGCUGCUCCGAGUUUCGCAUGCACGUUUCCUCCCAAAAGCCAAAGAACAUAGCCUACCUCGAGAAGCGGGGCGGGGAAAACCUGACGGUCCAAGCAGGCUGGAACCUAUUCCGGUUCCGCAAAAUGGCGGACCAAAGCAAGGCCUAGCAUCAGGUGGGGUGGGGGGACAGGGCCUUGGGGACUGAGCCCUCCACCCCACGUGCCAUUCUGGCAGGCCGCACAGUCCAGGUCUGUGUAAGAACAAAGGAGAAUUGCUUUCUGAGCACACGCCGAGUGCCCUGAGGGAUUAGGCCUGGAACUGGAGGAUGGGAACUGGCCAGGAAGCAUGGAUGCUGAGGCCUUUUGCUUAGGUGAACGUUGACCUGUAUGGGAAAUAACUGCCCCUCCUGGGGGAUCUCUGGAACUAAAGGUCUAUAAAGGAAAAAUCAUUCACAGAGGCUUCUCGUGCCGUUUAUUCUAUAACCAACUUGGCACAAACCUUCCCCCGUAAUAUUUAACCGGAACCUCGAUGUGGCUUUG